CCGCGGACGUCACCCCGCAGCGCCCCGCCGGUCUCCAUGGCAACGCGCGGGCGGGCGCCAUGUUCGCGGACGGGACGGCGCCGGGCGCCCAUGUGCCGUCGCUGCGGAGGGGCGCCAGGAGCACUCGCUGCGAGGCGAAAAGCUGCCAGACUGGGAAAAUCUCCACAGCAGAAACUGCAGUGCAGUCCCGUAGUAAUCAAGAUGCUGCUGUGCAGACCGAUCAAAGGGAGGAUGCUGCCCAAGGCUUCCAGCAAGAAGUCCAGGUGGAUUACACUGGCCUUCUCUCAUUCCUUCAGAGAGUGGAGGAUGCUGUUAUCAAAGAGCUAAAUAAGAACUGGAAAAGCCAUGCCUUUGAUGGCUUUGAAGUGAACUGGAGAGAGCAGAACAAAACAGUGCUGUGUCUGCACACUCUCUCGUUCCCAGAGGCUCAGCAGCAGAAGCUGCAGGUCACCAGUGUCUCCUGGAACAUGACAGGAGCUGUCCUUGCCUGCUCCUAUGGCCACCUGGAUGAUGGGGAUUGGAGCGCAGCCAAGUCCUAUGUUUGUACCUGGAAUCUGGACAGGAGAGGGCUGAAUCCCCAGCGCCCAGACCUCGUUGUGGACGUUCCCAGUUCUGUCAUGUGCUUGGCUUUCCACCCCUCCCAGCCAUCACUGCUAGCUGGAGGCCUUUUCAGUGGGGAACUGGUGGUGUGGGAUACCAGCAGAAUAGAAGACCCUGUGGUCUGGAGGACAGGGAUGACAGCUGACACCCACACUGACCCUGUCUAUCAGGUUAGCUGGGUGCCUGAUAGCAGGCACCGGAGCCACCCGCGGCUGUGGAGUGCAGCACCGGACGGGAAGGUGCUGGUGUGGCACGAACAGGAUGGGCACCUGGCCCUGGCCGGAGGCUUCGCCGUGGGGGCGCAGCACAUCCAGCACAGCACCCAGGUGAGGAAGCUGGCUCGGGGCGAGGCAGCAGUGGGUGUCACCUCGCUCUCCUUCUCGCCCUUGGAUCCCUGCGUGUUGGUGGUGGGUGUGGAAGGAGGCUCCCCUAUGAAGUGCUCCACGGCCGCGGUGACAACGGCGCUGCAGCGGCCGGGCGGCUGCACUCCCCGCCGGCUCCCCGCGGAGCUCGUUCCUCCCAGCGCCCCCGCGGAGCUCGUCUUCGCCCCGCACGCUGGGCCUGUCUACUCUGUCAGCUGCUCCCCCUUCCACAGGAACCUCUUCCUGAGCUGUGGGACUGAUGGCCAAGUCCACCUGCACUCCUUGUUGCAGGCCCAGCCCCUCCUGUCGCUCCAGCUGUCCCAGCAGUACCUCUUCUGUGUGCGCUGGUCCCCAGUUCGACCACUGCUCUUUGCCGCUGCAGCUGGGGAAGGAGUUGUGCACCUGUUUGACCUGGAGAAGAGCUCCCAGAAGCCUGCUGUCUCCAUGAAGCAGGCUGCGGGGCAAGGCCCCGUGCACUGCUUGGAGUUCAACAGCAGGCAGACACAGCUCCUGGCAGCAGGGGAUGCCACUGGCACAGUCAAAGUCUGGCAGCUGAGCUCUGACUUCUCUGAGCAGGGGCCCAGGGAACUGAAGCACCUGGAGCAGCUGGCGAGUGAGGUCAGGGACUGAGAGCAAGCCUCCAGGAGCUGCUCGCUCACUUCUGAGUGCUGGCCAGGAGCAGCUCGAGUCUCACCCAGCUCAGUGCACUCUGCCUUUAAGCAUUAAACACAGGAAGUCUGUGGUUCAA